CGAACGGGGCUGUCUCACCUCAGAUCUCUGAAUCAACACAUCCAAGCGCUGUCCUCGUACAUACACACACACUGCAUACCCGACUCUCGACUACACGACGUAGAUAGCUCUGGCUCUACGUCUGACAAAAGUCCCCCGACCCCCGAGAAAUCUAUCCGCCGAUUGACUCCGCAUCUCGCUCAUCGAUUCGUCAACCGGUCCCGGACUUCUCGACGAGCGUUGGUUCUGCCUACUCCAGCCCUCUCUCCUUCUCUCUCUUUUCAAGCGACAUAUCCUCUCCUAGAUGGCUCUAUCACGUCAGAUGACCCCUUCACCGGGCCAUACCCCGCUCCAUCAGACAUCCUUCGCCCUUGAGCAGAGCCGCACCUCGUCGCCUUUACCAGUGUCUCAGGAUGGUCCUGGCGGAAACAGCAGACCCUUCCGCGGAGGUUUGAAUCCCUAUUUCCAUCCUGGAUGUACAUUAUGCUCAUUGAUCGUCUCACUACCUUCGGACCCACUCGAUCCACGAACAAGCAGUAGUCGCGAGUCUUCCGAAGAGGCUGGAGAAGGUGGAGCCACAGCCGGACCUUCACGCCCUAAUCGAUUUCUCAGUGCUGGAAUGAUGGAUAGCUCUGAAGGACCCGAUAGUUUGCGUCGAUCCUCCAGUCUCGACUCGACAGGUCGACUCGUCAUCGGCGGCAAGCAUGUGCUAUAUUUCGACCAAGAUAUCACCGUUUACGUGGCAGCGGGAAAGGAGAGAUUAUGCGCCGAGGGGAAGCACUUGGUGGUGGUCCUGAACCGACAUGUAGAAAGUGUAUAUGACCUGAGCCCAGCCGACGUUCCUGCCCUGUCCCACAUGAUCGACGUAUCUCGGCGACUGCUCUCACAUCAUCGACAUGCAGACGUGGAGAGUGGGAGUAAAGGCUUAGAUUUCCGGAUAGGCUUUGUGGGCAGCGUCAUCAAGGAUCCUUCUGCAUCUCACAAACAUCUUCACGCGCACGCCAUGAUGGGUUCCGUGGACACUGCUUCAUCGGGCGCAGGCUUUUUCCGCCGUAACGUCGUGUUUGGUGCUCUGAAUUGGUGGAGCAUCGAAGACCUCAGAGCAGAGAUCAGAGAAGAAAGCUCCAAUAAUAGGGUCAAGUCCGGAUACGAGGAUCGUCAAGCACCGAUCGAUAAGGUUCCGGAUGCGGGCUCUGUUCAGGGCCUCUCGAAUGCACUGGAUCCUGCUCCAUACUCUGAUGCCACGCCCAAACGGCCGCCGUUCAGCAACCUUGGCAAUGUAUCAGCAUCUGAGGAUUCUCCCUCCAUACGUCGUCAGGGGAAAGGCAAGAUGCCAUCUGCUAACCUGAGACUUGAUGCUCAGGGUCUGCCGAGAGAGACAGACAAGGAUGAAGAUGGAGUACAAGAGGUUGGGCAUGCGAGGCCUUCAGGCGAGUAUCAACCGAUUAGCUUAUGAAACAUGUACGUGGUACCCUAGUCAAUGAAGAGAGAUC